UCUUUUCUUUUUUUUUUUUUUUAACUCUUGGACAAUCGUUUUUUCAAUGGACCAUCCGGUGCUGUUCAUUCGCCACGAAGGCGGCAACACGCGGCGUGUAGACGACGACAACAGCGACGGCGAUUACGACAACGACGUCGACAGCGGCCCGGGCGUGUUCAGCGUGACGGACGAGGCGGUCGAGCUGCUCUCCGAGAUUGAAGGCGACGUUGCCGUCAUUUCGAUUGCGGGCGUCUACCGCACGGGCAAGUCGUUCGUGCUCAACCAGCUGGCAGGCUCGACAGGCGGCUUUGACGUCGGUGCCUCCGUGGAGCCGUGCACCCAGGGCAUCUGGAUGUGGAUUGUCGAUCGCGAGAAGGUCGAACCGGGUCUCAUUCCAGACAAUCUCACUAUCGUCCUCCUCGACACUGAGGGCCUCGCAAGCUACACGAAAACCAAGACCUACGACAUCCAAGUGUUCUCGCUCUCGCUCCUCCUGUCGUCGUUCUUUGUGUACAACUCGAUGGGCAACAUUGACGAGACUGCACUCGAUCGUCUGUCGCUCGUGGCCGAGCUGGCCAAGUUUGUCAAGCUUCAGGCUGACGGCGAAGAGGAUGCCUUCCAACUGCAAUCCUUCUUCCCCGUCUUCAUGUGGCUCGUCCGCGACUUUUCGCUCGAGCUGGUCCUGCAAGGCGAGACCAUCACCCCGGACGACUAUCUCGAGCAAGCCCUCCAGCUCGUGAAGGGCGAUCCCAAGCGCGUCGCUGGUAAAAAUCAAAUUCGCGAGUGCAUUCGAAGCUUCUUCCCCAAUCGCACCUGCUUUACGCUGAAGCGACCUGUCGAGAACGAGGAGGAUUUGCAGGAUUUGUCGAAUCUCUCCUUGGAGGACUUCCGACCCGAGUACAUUGAACAAGUGCGGAUACUCAUCCGCAAGAUUUACCACGGCGUCAAGACCAAGAAACUGUUUGGCAGCAACUUGAAUGGAGCAAUGCUUGCUGAGCUCUCCAAGAACUACGUCGAGUCGAUUAACACUGGCGGCGUCCCCGUCAUCCGCUCCGCCUGGGAAAAUGUGCUCGAGAUUGAAUGCAAGAAGGCUUCUGCGGCUGCAGAACGCCUGUAUGAGAAGCGCAUGAAGGAUUUGGUUGCAGACGGCGCGAUUUUGGAGGAGGAAGAGCUGGAUCGAAGCCACCGCGAAGCCGAGAAGCGUGCCAUUGAUCUGUUCCGUUCUAAAGCUGUUGGUGGGCCUCACACCGAACUUGAAGAUGAGCUCAAGAAUGCCAUGGCAGAGCAACUUGCCCUGAUGCGCAAGACCAACCGCGCUCGGUCGGCUGAGCAGUGCGAGCUUUUGCUCGACACUUUGGCGAGGCACAUUUCGGACGACAUUCGUUCGAAGGAAAUCACCAACAUUGACCAGUUGCAUGAAGAAUGGGAGCGCGUGGUCACAGACUACCUCGAAACAGCGCAGGGUCCGAUGAAGCAGCAAGUUCUGUUCGAUCGUCGCCGCGAGUUCUUCUCCACUGCACGACGUGUUGCCGAGGGCAUUGUUGAGGCGACAAAGGAGGCGGCCGAGAAGGAGGUUGAGGCCAUCCGUGAAAAGUCCAAGGUGGACUACCAGCGCCUGGAUCUUGUCUACAAGACGGUCGACACGGAGUGGAAAAAGUCGCAAAAGGAAAACCAGCAGCUGACAACCGAGAUCAAAGACCUCGACCUCAAGAUCCGCGAAAUGGCCCAGGCUCAAGCGGCAAGCUUGGAGCGGAUCAAGGAGCUUCAGCAAGAGCUCACCGAGUCGCAGGACACUUGCAAGCGUGUCCAAGACGAGCGUAACGAGCUGGAAGAAAAGGAGCGUCGCAUCGAGGAAGAGCUGCAGGCCAAGUCUCAGGCGAUUGGCGCACUCGAGCAUGAAAAGAUUACCAUCGAAGGCCGACUGCGUGGAUUCGAGAGCAAGAAGAAGAAGAAGUGCACCAUCAUGUGAAAGAACGGCCUCUGUGCGUGCGCCUUGGUUGGCUUGCAACCCACUGUUUCGCUGACAUUCGCUGUAUGAGUAAACUGUCUACCCUAAUACCGUGCAGCGCAACACGAACAAACCG